UAGUUUUUCAUUUGCUUGCAGUUGCACGUCAAAGUCAAGCUUAUCUGGUGCAUCAUUUUUCUGUAUCAUUUUAAUACUUAACGGGAGUAAUUUUAUUACAUCGUUAUCACUUAAUUUUAUUGCAAAAUGUUUCGCACGGUCGUGGUGGAAUUGCCGGGUCUUUUAAAAAAGACACCAUUGAGAAGUGCAAAAAAUUAUGCAACUGAAGCAAAAUUCGAAACGAAGCCAUUCAAGUUGCACAAUCUAACGACAGGUCCACCGACAUCUGCAACGGUAACGAAAGAUGAAGCCAUCUCAUACUACAGAUCAAUGCAAGUCAUUCGUCGAUUGGAAACCUCCGCUGGUAAUUUGUACAAAGAGAAAAUUGUCCGAGGAUUUUGUCACCUGUAUUCGGGACAAGAGGCAUGUGCCGUUGGAAUGAAAGCGGCCAUGCGUCCCCAAGAUAAUAUCAUAUCGGCCUACCGUGUUCAUGGUUGGACGAACUUGAUGGGAGUAAGCGUCAAAGGUGUUCUAUCGGAGCUUACCGGAAAACAGGGUGGGUGCGCACGUGGAAAAGGUGGCUCCAUGCACAUGUAUGCUCCUAAUUUUUACGGUGGCAAUGGUAUUGUCGGUGCCCAAGUUCCACUGGGUGCUGGGGUCGCUUUGGCUUGCCAGUACAAAGGCAACAAUGGUGUUUGCCUUGCAUUGUACGGAGAUGGUGCUUCAAAUCAAGGACAGGUCUUCGAAGCUUAUAAUAUGGCACACCUGUGGAAACUUCCUUGCAUUUUUGUUUGUGAGAAUAAUGGAUAUGGAAUGGGUACCAGCGCUAAACGUUCUUCAAGCAACGUAAACUACUACCAACGAGGAGACGCUUUGCCAGGAAUUUGGGUUGAUGGAAUGGAUGUUGUUGCAGUCAAAUUGGCAACCGACUUUGCUAUCGACUACGUUUUGAAUCAUGGACCAGUGGUGAUGGAAGUGGUUACAUACAGAUAUUCUGGGCAUUCAAUGUCAGAUCCAGGAACUAGUUACCGUACACGCGAUGAAAUUCAAGAAGUUCGUCAAACUCGGGAUCCAAUCUCUUCCUUCAAGGAUAAAAUUAUCAAUGCAGGGUUGGUUACAGCAGAUGAUCUCAAGAAAAUUGACGCUGAGAUCAAGAAGGAGGUAGAUGACGCUACAAAGGCAGCUAAGGCCGAUACCGAGAUAGGUUUGCCUGAGUUGACCACCGAUAUUUACUCGAACAACCUUGAUGGUGACAUCAGGGGAGCAAAUCCGAACUCUUGGCUGAAGCAUGGCUCACUGAAACAUGCUGUAAAUUUGUAAUGAUGCAUGUUUCUAGGCAUAUUAUGCCUAUUAAACAAAUCUGUAAAUAAGUAGAAGGCGAGAUGAACCAGUCAUGGGGAAAAAUAAAUA